AUGAAGCUCUUGGAGCGCCAUACGUUCUACGGAGGGAAACCCCAGCCAUCAUCGGCAUCGCAAGGUACAUUCAAAUCCGUGGACCCCUCCACCGGAAAGGCUGUCUGCACAAUUCAUACAUCAUCGCAAUCCUCAAUCGACGCAGCAGUCUCCUCAGCAAAGGCCGUAUUUCCUUCCUGGUCCAGCACAUCUCCCGUGGAAAGGGCCAGGAUACUGCACAAAGCCGUCUCGAUACUGCGAUCGCGGAACGACGAACUCGCAAAAAUCGAGACCCUGGACACGGGGAAGCCAUUCUCUGAGACGUCGACGGUUGACGUUGUCACCGGCGCCGACGUGCUAGAGUACUUCGCCAGUCUCGUCGCCUCGGGAGGAUUGAAUGGCGAGUCAUUCCGCCUGCGCGAUUCAGCUUGGGUCUACACGACGAAAGAGCCACUUGGCGUGUGCGUGGGGAUUGGCGCCUGGAACUAUCCCAUCCAGAUUGCCCUGUGGAAGUCGGCGCCCUGUCUCGCGGCCGGGAACACGAUGGUGUACAAGCCCUCGGAAGUGACACCCCUGCACGGUCAAUUCCUCGCCGAGGUCUACAAGGAGGCAGGUGUUCCCGAUGGAGUGUUCAACGUGGUAUACGGCGCCGGCGAAGUCGGCGCGUACUUGACGAAACACCCCGACGUGGCCAAGGUCAGCUUUACGGGACAAGUCUCCACCGGGAGGAAAGUCGCCGGCUCCGCGGCAGGGGAGAUGAAGCAUGUAACGAUGGAGUUGGGGGGUAAGAGUCCCGUGAUCGUCCUGCCAGAGGUGGACGUCGAACAGGCAGUUGACGGCGCGAUCAUGGCCAAUUUCUUCAGCUCGGGACAAGUCUGCACGAACGGGACGAGAGUGUUCGUGCCCAGGCACCUGAAGGGCGAGUUUGAGAAAGUGCUCCUCCAAAAGAUGCAGUACAUUCGGGCGGGAGACCUGAUGGACUUGGACACGAACUUUGGCCCCUUGGUCAGCAAAAUACACUACGACAAAGUCACGAGCUAUAUCAAGCAUGGGAUUGAGGCCGACAGGGCGAAACUCUUACACGGCGGCCUCGGACAGCCCGAGAGUCUGCCCCCGCAUAUGAAAUCAGGAUACUGGGUCCAACCUACCGUCUUCACCGACUGUACGGACGACAUGAAGAUCGUGAAGGAAGAGAUCUUCGGGCCCGUUAUGGCUAUCCUCACCUACUCUACCAUCGACGAGGCUGUCGCUCGAGCAAACAACACGGAAUUGGGCCUUGCUGCGGGUGUGUUUGGCAAGAACAUCAACGAGUGCCACAUGGUGAUCAAGCAGUUGCAGGCGGGCAUUACCUGGGUGAAUACAUGGGGAGAGUCGCCGGCCGAGAUGUCGGUGGGCGGCUGGAAGCAGAGCGGUGUUGGUGUCGAGAAUGGGCGGAGUGGCCUGGAGGCAUGGUUGAGGAAUAAAAGCACGUUGGUCGAAAUGGGCGGAAGCGUGCCUACUGUAUUUGCAAAAUUGUGA